CUUUCCGCUGCAGUUGUAAAUAUUUCUUCACCGCAACUGCUACAACCCGAUUCCCACAAACCCAAUUGCCAAACUACAUACGCAGUUCAAGCAAACAUUGCAUAGACUUCUCCUUCUAAAUUAUCUACUUUAUUACUUUAUUAAAGUCCCAAGACUAUGACCACUACUGCAUCCAUAACAUCACCACCAACCUCACCGCCCGCGAAAAGAGUCAAAACCACUUCUACUCCUACUCCCACAACCACAGCUACGACAACCACCAGCAACACCGGCAGCACCACCACCACCACCGCCGAAACAAUGUCUUCCAACACCAACACCAACACCACCACAACCACAACCCUCCCCCCCGUCCCCAACCUCAACCAAUCCCCCCCCCUCCUAAUCAAAAAACUCUCCCCAGCCGCCAAACUCCCCACCCGCGGGAGCCCCUUCUCCGCCGGCUACGACCUCUACGCCGCCCGCCCCACCACCAUCCCCUCCCGCGGCAAAGCCCUAGUCGACACCGACAUAGCCAUCGCCGUCCCCGCCGGCACCUACGGCCGCAUAGCCCCGCGCUCCGGCCUAGCCGCCAAGCACUUCAUCGACACGGGCGCCGGCGUCAUCGACGCCGACUACCGCGGCCAGGUCAAGGUCCUGCUGUUCAACCACUCGGACGUGGAUUUCGCUGUCGCCGAGGGCGACCGCGUCGCCCAGCUCGUGGUCGAGCGGAUUUACACGCCCGAGGUGCUGGAGGUGCAGGAGCUGGAGGAGAGUGUGCGGGGGGCGGGGGGGUUUGGGAGCACGGGGACGAAUUAAGGAUGUUGAUGUUGUUGCUUGGGGUUGGAGUAUGGAGGGGUACGGUGUGCUUGGUAUGAUACACAUACGAUGGGUAUACGAAAGAAGACUUAGACGGUACUGAUAGACGGCCACUGGCAAUCUGGUUGAGCUCGCCAGUCAACUGAUUAGCCAAUCAAAUAGAUGGGAUAUACAUAGAUAUGUACCUAAGGUAGACUCUUUCAAAGGGGAAGGAGAGGCCUAGCUCAUCCAUGUAUAGAGGAUGAGAUAUGAUGGGCAUGAAUAUAAAUUCUACAACAAACAUUCUAAAACCCACAUCUUCAAACCAGACAACGAAUCUUUUACAGCACA